AUGGCCACCACAUCAUUGAUCCAGCUCAGCCCUGAUCAUAUUGGUCUGAUUCAAACUCCGUGCAAAGCUGAUGGCUCGUUUGAGGUUGCAAGUCGUAUUUUGCAGAAAAAUCAUGACGAGAAUCACAUGUUCUGGCGAGAGGUCGCAGGCCAUAACCACAUCACCCACUCUGUGCUCAACGUGUUCGCACUGGGAGGGACACCGGAGGAUCUCCAACGCGCAUUUGAUGAUGGCAUUGAUAUCCAACGCCCGCAACCACCUACCGAUCCUGCAAUUGUCGUUAGCUUAAGUAAUCCCGAUCAGUUUCUAGAACGCAUGGGCGACCUCGAUCAAUAUUCGAACUUCUUAGCAUUCUUCUCAAGGGAGAUCGAAGAGAAAGGAUGGGUAGCUGUUGUACAAGAUCAUGUUUUUGGGAGAAGUCCUACUGCUGAGAAAAUGUUUGCCCAACUUUUUGAAGGUCUUUACCAUCCCCUAAUUCAUCUUGGCCUUGGAAUCGAGUUCGCACAGCCUGGCAUCGUGGCCGAGGGUCUAGCUCAAGCGGCGUCACACGACUCGAUGGGUACAGAGGAUUACUUCCUCCAAGCUGAAAGAGAAGCAUCUAUUUCUAAAAAUUCAAGUAAACCCCUGAUCAAGCUUCUAAAGGCUGUGCACGAUAACCAAGAUCUCCGUGCAGCCCCAUUCGGCUUCGCUACGGGCCCCGAACGCGUGCGAAAUGGUAUCCUUUCUCCCAAAAAUCAAUCUCUGCUAGUUGAUAUCGCAGCACAAUUCCGCGUGGCACCCGAGGAUCUCAAUCAAGGCUUGGCAGAGACUAUAAACUCCGCCGCAUACAUGACAGGAGCCGCUCAACGACCUGGCAAGGCCCGGAAGCUCGACUUUUUUCACCUGCAUACUCUAACGGCUUCAAUCGCGCUUACCGUUUUCUCUAAGUUAGAUUGGAUUAGUCAAGAAGAUAAAGUUCGCCUCGUGGAAUGGAAAGGACGCCUUGAUUUGGUUUGGUACGCUGCAAGUGGUGCUGUCGAGCUUCGGCUAGACGACAUCACAAACUAUACACCUGAUCGUAGUGCAGGGUAUGACUGGGAGACUCUGUUCAAAGCUGUGCUAAAGACUCAUGACGAUGGUCAUUUGAUAAAGGCAGUCCGAGCAUUGAAGAAUGGCGAGGAAUAUUCAAAGACAGUCAACACGGACGACGAGGAGGUAUUUCCUGUCAGGAAUAACUCUUGGUUCAAAAUUGCACAGAUGGUUUACGACUCUACUGUUGACCGGGACAUUAUGGAGAAGUGGAUAUGGGGUGUGGGGUUUGACGAAGGUUGGGAACAUGUUCCAAAUUUGUGAUGGCAAUGAACUUGUUGCAUAGAGCACCGAUAUUCCUCUAGCUGGAACAUGGACAGACCUUGUCUUAUUGAGCUCGAGCAAU